CAGAGGGACAGCGGGACCCGCCCCUGCCCUGCGCGUCACUUCCGCCCGGACCUGCGCACGCGGCUCCUUCUCCCUGUCGGCGCCGGCGCAAGAUGGCCAAGCGCACCAAGAAGGUCGGGAUUGUGGGUAAAUAUGGGACCCGUUACGGUGCAUCCCUUAGGAAAAUGGUGAAGAAGAUUGAAAUUAGCCAGCAUGCCAAGUACACCUGCUCCUUCUGUGGCAAGACCAAAAUGAAGAGGAAGGCUGUGGGUAUCUGGCACUGUGGAUCCUGCAUGAAGACAGUUGCUGGUGGUGCCUGGACUUACAAUACCACCUCUGCAGUGACAGUCAAAUCUGCCAUCAGAAGACUGAAGGAAUUGAAAGACCAGUAGAAGCUACUUCCUGUUCUCCAUGUGAAACAUCUUUUUUUCCCAUUGUCAAGAUCUGUCCUUUUACCAAUAAAAAGGUGAUAAUGGAGU